AUACACCAACAUCAUCAUACAAGAUAAAGAGAAAUGAAGAGGUAAUCAAAAUCAGAAAAGAUGAACGAAAAGGGUAUGCAAGCUCCCUCUUCUCCUUCUAUACAGUCAACUUCGACAUACGGCAAGAAUGUGGUUUUAACGGAAGCGGGUAAAUCACCUUGGUACGAUGCAAACGGUACGCCGAGAGAGGCAUAUAUAGUAGGUGUGGCAGGCGGAAGUGCAAGUGGAAAGACAUCAGUUGCCCGUGCGAUCCUCAAACAAUUACGAAAUGUACCUUGGGUUGCAAUCGUAAGUCAAGAUUCAUUCUACAAGAGUUUGACAAAAGCACAAAGCAAAUUGGCUUUCGAAAACAAUUAUGACUUCGAUCAUCCUGAUGCUUUUGAUUAUGAAAUCUUGUAUGAAUGCAUCGAAGAUCUCAAAAGAGCUCGUGCUGUGGAGAUUCCCGUUUACAGCUUCGUUGAACAUCAAAGGACGGCAGAGAAGAAAUACAUGUACGGAGCAAGUGUAGUAAUCUUGGAAGGGAUCUUUGUCUUACAUGAUCCCGCUAUUCGAUCAUUGCUGGAUCUCAAAAUAUUCGUGCAGUGCGACUCGGAUCUAAUGCUUGCAAGACGUAUUAAGCGAGACAUGAUCGAACGAGGCAGAGAUUUGCAUGGAAUCUUGGAUCAAUAUUUACGCUUCGUCAAACCGAGUAUGGACAACUUUGUUUCUCAUACAUCGAAGUUUGCCGAUAUCAUUGUGCCUGGUCAAAACAAUCAAGUGGCUAUCGAGGUCAUCUGUCAGCAAAUAAGAAAACAACUUGAAUUGCGUGACGAUGUUCGUCUCCGACACGCUCUAUCACGCACACCAGCAACGCCUCGUCGGGAGAUCGGAUCGCCUUUUGAUACAGCUUUAACUUCUGCAGGAGGUAAUGGAAGUGCAUGGCAUCCAGCCGGAGCCUAUGUGCCUUCGUUGACCACCUCUGGAUCCCAAGAGCAUAACGCACCCGGAUUUCUGCUUGCACCACCGCCCUCGGCUCAUGAAUCUUCUCACCCCCUCGAAAAUGAACUGCCACCAAAUGUUCACGUUCUGAAGCAGACGCCUCAAUUGCAAGCCCUACUCACAAAAAUGCACGAUUUGAGCGUUCUUGGCGAAGAUUUCGUUUUUACGAUCGAUCGCUUGUCCACUUUGGUGAUGGAAGAGAGUAUGGCAUUCCUACCAUAUCGUCCCAAAACGAUCCAGAUCCACAAAAGCGGCCAAACACACACCGGUACGGAAUUGGCAGUACAGGAUAUUUGCUCAGUUGCAAUCUUGCGAUCAGGAACGGUGUUGGAAAGUUCUGCCCGUCGUGUAUUGCCUGCUUUGGCACGUGGAACAAUCUUGAUUCAAUCACAAGCAGAUGGAGAAGUUCGAUUGUAUACGAUUGACUUGCCAUCUUUCUUACAAAAUCGAAAACGUGCACAAGAUGCAUGGGUGAUGGUAUUGGAUAGUCAAAUCGGAACUGGUGCUGCAGCAUUGAUGUGCGUGAGAGUACUUUUGGAUCAUGGCGUAAAGGAAGAGCAUAUCUUGUUUUGCUGUUUGCUCGCAAGCGUAAAGGGAGGUGUGCAUGCUAUGCAAAAAGCAUUCCCAAGAGUAAAGAUUAUUGUGGCAGGCGUCGAUCCAGAUUUGAAGAGAAGAAUUGUAUGGAGUGACGAUGCCCCUAAACAUCGGUCAAAACCAUCCAAUCGAGCAAUCAACAUGCCCAAUAUCCAACUAGAUGCAUAUGAUCCCACGCAAAGGGCAAUGGCAGAUGUUGUUGCCUACAACGAAGAGAAUUCAUCGGACGACGAAGAAGACGAACGAUCACGAACCACUCUACAGAAGCGAUCUCACCUGACAACACCGGCAGAAAGAAGUCCAAGUCAGCAUUCCAGCAGCAGAAGAAGUCGCGUUUGCUUUGCCAUUUGUCCGGGAGCAGGUAAUAUUGGUGACCGAUACUUCGGAACAACUGCUCGUCCUACAUUGGCUACCGAUGCAUCUUAAACAACAUUGUACAUUAUUCAUACACACACAUUCCGGAACGCAACCUCUCACUACAAUGUACAUACAUCAUAUAUUUGCAUAAUCCACAAGAUGAUUAAAGAAAUAGAAGACGAAA